UUCACAUUCAGCCUGAUCCUCCUUCCAGUCAGUCAGUUUACUGCAGCUCAGACCUGACAGCUAGUUUACCUCUACCAGUUAAUAGUUAGUUAAACUCUACCAGCUCAGACCUGAUAACUGGUUUCACUCUACCAGUUCUGACCCGCUAACUAACUAGUUACUCGUACGGUACCAGACCUGAUGCUGUAGGUUUCUGGGCUGCUGCUGGAAAUAUGAACCUUCCUACAGUCCAGAUCCUGCUGCUGUGGAUCCUCUCUGCUGGUACUGGUCCGGUGUUGUGCUCAGAAGAUGAGACUCGGCUGGUGAAGACUCUUUUUAGUGGAUAUAAUAAAGUGGUUCGUCCGGUGAAUCACUUCAGCGAAGCCGUUGUGGUGACGGUCGGACUGCAGCUGAUCCAGCUCAUCAGUGUGGAUGAAGUGAACCAGAUCGUGACGAGUAACGUUCGUCUCAGACAGCAAUGGAUGGACGUGAACCUGAAGUGGAAUCCAGACGACUACGGAGGAAUCAGGAAGAUCAGAGUCCCAUCGACGGAUAUCUGGAAACCUGAUCUGGUGCUUUACAACAACGCCGACGGAGACUUCGCCAUCAUCCAUGAAACCAAAGUUCUGCUGGAACACACCGGGAUGAUCACCUGGAACCCACCGGCCAUCUUCAAGAGCUACUGCGAGAUCAUCGUCCUCCACUUCCCCUUUGACCUGCAGAACUGCAGCAUGAAACUGGGAACGUGGACGUAUGACGGUCUGCUGGUGGUCAUCAACCCCGACAGCGACCGUCCUGACCUCAGUAACUUCAUGGAGUCUGGUGAGUGGGUUCUAAAGGACUACCGGAGCUGGAAGCAUUGGGUUUACUACACCUGCUGCCCCGACACGCCCUACCUGGACAUCACCUACCACUUCCUGAUGCUGAGGCUGCCGCUCUACUUCAUCGUCAACGUCAUCAUCCCCUGCAUGCUGUUCUCUUUCCUGACUGGACUCGUCUUCUACCUGCCCACCGACUCCGGUGAGAAGAUGACCCUGUCCAUCUCCGUCCUGCUGUCCCUCACCGUCUUCCUGCUGGUCAUCGUGGAGCUCAUCCCCUCCACCUCCAGCGCCGUGCCCCUCAUAGGGAAGUACAUGCUCUUCACCAUGGUCUUCGUCAUCGCCUCCAUCAUCAUCACCGUCAUCGUCAUCAACACCCACCACCGCUCGCCCAGCACCCACACCAUGCCGGCCUGGAUACGCAAGGUCUUCAUUGAGACCAUCCCCAACAUGAUGUUCUUCUCCACCAUGAAGCGUCCCAGCCAGGAGAUCCGCCAGAAGAGGCUUUACCCCACCGACAUGGACAUCUCCGACAUCUCAGGUAACCCGACACCGACCAGCGUCACCUAUCAGUCUCCCAUAUCCAAGAACCCGGACGUUCGCAGCGCCAUCGAAGGAGUCAAGUACAUCGCUGAGACCAUGAAGUCAGACGAGGAAUCCAACAACGCGGCGGAAGAGUGGAAGUUCGUUGCCAUGGUGCUGGACCACAUCCUUCUCUGUGUUUUUAUGGCUGUUUGCAUCAUUGGGACCGUCGCCGUCUUCGCCGGGAGGCUCAUCGAGCUCAACAUGCUGUAAACCGUGAAGGACGGAUCAGAGAAAAGUGUUUUUCAGUGGACUGGUUCAGGUUUGUUGUCUCAGACAGAGAGAUGAAGGCUGAGCUGAUGUUUAAAGAUGGAGAGUGCUUUCAGUCGUGUCGUCUCCGAGUUUGUCGUUUUGUGUUGUUGCUGAAAUGGCAGUAAAAGAAACGUGGAGGCGUCUCAGAGACACUGUGAGGUACGAGUCUUACUUGAAGCUAUUCUUGUCACAAACACUUUUUCUAUUGUUUGUCGUUUCUGUACAGUUUGUGAAGCUGCCGUCGCUCUGCUGAGUUUCUCUUCUGACUCGCAGGAUUGUGUUCUGUUGUUUUUUGGCAGCUUGAUUUGAGGUUUGGGUCACAUAUUCUCUAAGUGUUGAAUGUUUUCUGAGUGCAGGCGAGACAUUUUCCUGUCAGGAAGUUUGAUUGAUUGGUUUCGUCUGACGCUCAUCUGACGUUUUAUUUCAAGUCUUUUCUACUUUGAGUACUAUUCAUGGGAGAGUUGCAGGAUUAGAUUUGAUUGAUUUUCAACCACUGUGAAGGUUUGAAGUGGUCUGAAAACAUCUAGUCUGUGGAGUUACUGCUGGAUGUUGAAGCAAUGAAGCUUCUUACAGUUUAACAGCGAGGACACCACGGUGGAAGAUCACUGAAAGUCUGAAUGAUUGCAGAUUUACAGGAAAUCUUCAGAUAUCUUGCUGGAAUAUUCCUUUUCUUCAUCUGGUCGACCAGGAUUCUAGUUCAUCCUCAGACCUUCAUGAUACAUCCAGAAAUGUCUUCAAUAUACAGCCCCAUAUCAUCAUACUGCCACCUCCGUGCUUCACUGUCAGGACCAUGCAUCCACUGUGGUAGUCCUGGUCAGGUUCUCACCAAACAUCUGGACUCCAUCUGAGCCCAACUCAUUGAUCUUCAUCUGACCAAAGAACGUUCUCCAGCAUCCAUCCAGCUUCUUCUCGAGUUCUUCAGCAAACUUUCAUCUGGAAGUUUAGUUAUGAGCAGCAACCAGGAUUUUUUGGGGGUAAUCUUUGACAAAUCGUAAGUAAUUUUUGGAUAGUCUGUACCUCAUUUUGGAUUUAUUUUGACUCGUCUAGUUCAAUUUGGCCCUGUGACAGACUGGCGACCUGUCCAGGGUGUCCCCUGCCUUCGCCCGAGUCAGCUGGGAUAGACUCCAGCACCCCCCAUGACCCUAAUGAGGAUGGAGCGGUGUAUAGAGGAUGGAUGGAUGGAUAGUUCAAUUUGUUUUGGUCAUUUUGGAUAAAUUGGGAAUAAUUUUGGACAAAAUUUAAGUUUGUAAUGGUCAGAUGUUGAGUCAUUCUGGACGAGAUUCAAGUAAUUUUGGCCAAAUUUUAGAAUUUGUGACGAUUUUGAGUUAUUUUGGACUUUCUGGUUUUGAUUUUGUUUUUAUGUAGGAACUCCCACCUCCAUGCUUCACUGUCAGGACGAUGCGUUCACUGAAGUAGUUCCUUCUAAGAGAGGCUAAAAUGACCACAAGGAGGCACAAAAUGAUGACAUGGCACAAAAGAGGGCCACACAUUCACACAAAAAGCCUCCAUGCUUCACUGUCAGGACCAUACAUCCACUGUGGUAGUCCUGGUGAGGUUCUCACCAAACAUCUGGACUCCAUCUGAGCCCAACUCAGUUAUCCAUCCAUCCAUCCAUCCAUCCAUCCAUCCUCUAUACACCACUUUAUCCUCACUAGGGUCAUGGGGGGUGCUGGAGUCUAUCCCAGCUGACUCGGGCGAAGGCAGGGGACACCCUGGACAGGUCACCAGUCUGUCACAGGGCUACAUAUACAGACACACAAUCACUCUCACA